UCCGUGAAUAUUAGGCUGAGCACAGUAGGGACUAUCCAGUAGUGUUCGUCAGCUGUUCAGUUCACAUCGGUCCUAGGAACAAAAACGAAACAUGAGUAAAGAUGUCAAAUGAUGUAAUUGAAGAGUGUUUGAUAAUUCUUUACGGAAUUUUUGUCAAAAGUUUUGCAACUGGCACAUAACUAUUCUGCCCAUUAAUUCUACAGUUUGGCUUAAAAUGGGAAAAAAGAACUAGCAAACGAUAUAUGGAUUUCAAAGUAACAUAUCUUAUUAAAUAAUUGGAGGCUGCAUGCUGUGAAAGCGUUCGGCGUGGAGCCUAAAUUGUUAUAUCUUGAUUAUGAAGAAAGAGAAAACACGUGUAGAGUGACUGUAAUACAAGCUGUGCCAUGAUUCACAACGUAAUUACUAGUGGAACUGAAAUAGCUGUUCAAGCGUGAAAGAUUAAUGUCGCAUUGUCAUGCAUAGACCAUUUACAGUAUAAAAUAAAAGGAGAAGUAUAUGCUGUCACAUUAAUUACAGUUAUAUUUUCAGGGCACACCCAUGUAACAUCUAGCGCCAGCUUGUAAAGGAAAUAAAGAAAAAUUAAAAAAAAAUUAAAUUUGAUGUUUAAAGUCGAUGUUAUGGUGAAUAAAUAGCGAGAAGAAAGAAAACACAGGAAAGAAAAUUAAAAAGGAACUGCUUGAAAGCUUGGAAGGUCAUAACUUCAAACGAAAGAAGAAAAUAGAACACAGAGAGAGAGAUGCCGGGGAUCACAGUACGCGUGAACUUUGAAUGUGUAGACACUCACAAAAAUUGAACUGAUCUUAGACGUUAUCAUGAUAAUCUUCCAGAUUUGGCAUUAUAUCUAGAGGCAUUAAUUCGUAAGAAUUCCGUAAUUUGUUUUAAAGAGGAAUAAAACUAUUAAAAAGUGAGAGACAAACAGUCCCACAUUUAAAGGUUUUCUUGUCACGAUUUAUGAUUUUGGCACCGAGUCAAGAAGGAGAGUUAGCGUUUAUAUCGGGCUUUCGGAACGAACCCAAAUUUAUUCAUUGGUCAAAGAUCAAUGGGUAUGGCCUUGAUUUUCAUCUUCCUCUUUCUCUUAAGCUCUGUCUCAUCUUCUUAUGGGUAUGAUUCACUGGACCCUGAUGCCAAUAUAACGAUUACAUGGGAUCUCAUGCUGGACAAUGGUAACACAUAUGAUUUAAGGGUAUCACUCUACAACUUCCAACUAUUUCGACAUGUGGAGCAGCCUGGUUGGAAACUGAGCUGGACAUGGAAAGGGGAUGAGGCAAUAUGGGAUAUGUGGGGAGCAGAGGCAACCAAGCAAGGAAACUGCUCCAGAUUUAGGGGUCAAUUUCUUCCUCAUUGCUGUGAUAAGCAGCCAGUGAUUGUUGAUCUCAUGCCAGGAGCACGUUAUAACAAGCAGUUUUCCAAUUGCUGCAAGGGAGGGUUGCUCUCCUCUAUGACACAAAACCCUAGCAUGUCUGCUGCCGCCUUUCGGAUGAAUGUUAAUAAAGCUUCUGCAGGCAACAUUAAUGGAGACAGCAGCUUCAUGCCCAUGAAUUUCAACCUUGGUCUUCCUGGCUAUACCUGUGGAGACCCAUUUCAGGUUCCACCAACCAUGUUCAAAGAGGAUGGAAGCCGUCGAUGGACACAAGCUCUUGAGACGUGGAAUGUAACCUGUAUAUACUCCCAAUUUCAAGCAUCACCUGCUCCAAAAUGUUGUGUUUCCUUCUCUGCAUUCUACAACAGUACCAUUGUUCCUUGCCCCCAGUGCAGCUGUAAUUGCCAAGGAUUAUCUGGAGGAAAAUGUGUAAAGUCUGGCGAAACUCCUUCCUUGUUGGAACAACCACAUGCAAAUGAAGAAGACCCACAACCUUUGGUGAGGUGCUCUCCCCACAUGUGCCCAAUACAGGUGCAUUGGCAUGUGAAAAACAGUUACAGAGAGUAUUGGCGAGUCAAGGUCACCAUCACAAAUCUAAACUUUGUUAAAAACUAUUCCAUGUGGAACUUGGUGGUGCUCCACCCCAACCUGGGAAAUGUCACUCAGGUUUUCAGCUUCAACUACCAUCCCCUUAACUCGUAUGCAUACAUAAAUGACACCGGAAUGUUUUGGGGGAUUCAGUAUUACAAUGACAUGUUACAGCAAUCGGGACCAAGUGGAAAUGUACAAACCGAGAUGCUACUGCACAAAGUUCCAAGGAUUUUCAGUUUUAGAGAAGGAUGGACUUUUCCAAGAAGAAUUUCCUUCAAUGGUGAUGAAUGUGUCAUGCCCCCUCCAGAUCAAUACCCUAGACUCCCAAACACAGCUCAUACUCGUAGUGCUACACCAACGCUUUCCAUACUCUCUUUCUCGUUGUUGUUGUUGCUUAUAGUAGUACUCUGAGAAGUCCCGGCUGGCAUUCGAGAUAACAGCUCAGUUUUGAAUACCCAACUCAUUUCUAAGUGCUGUAGCUCAUAAUUUUGAGGGCGCAAAAAUGAGAUACAAACUGGGUUAAACCUAUACAAUUCAUUAAGCAUAACAACAGGACUUUUCCAGCAUUACUCGCUGUCCACCUUUUCUAGAUCUUAUAUAUUAUAGCUUAAAAUUUAUAUUCUUUAAA